AUGGCAACCGUGUUGUUCUGUAAGGAUCGGAAUAAUCAUUACAGUCGUGAAUUUACUCUUAUUGUAUUACAAGUGAUUAUUUCUAAUUUCACGGCUUUUCUCCCGCAAAUACUUGUUGUGUUGCCCGAAAUAUUUAAAACAAAAAAUAAUUCAUACUCAAGUGAAACGACGUGGAUUAAUCGCGCAUUCUCGACUUUAAAUACUUUUUCAUUCUUUUCCAUACUUCAUUUUUCACUUUUGUUGACGCUGAAUCGUUUUGUGGCACUAAUUUUACCAAAAUACUAUAGUUUGUUCGAAUCAGCAAAGCUGUAUUUUCUAAUUGCUGUUGUGUGGUUAUCAGUUUUAGUGAUCACAUCUGCCGAUUUUUAUUAUUGCACCAGAAGAUUCCUUGUGUGGAAUCUCAGUUGGGAAGCAAAUUGUGCAAAGUCAAGCGGAAUGAGCAAAACUUGGUGGAGAAUAUAUUAUCGUUAUGCAUUGCUCAUACCUAGUGUAAUGUUCGUUAUGUAUAUCGCGAUAUUCUACAAUAUACGUCGUAAACGUCAUUUUACGAUAAAUAACAAUGGAAAGCAACAUAUUAUGAACACUGGUGCAAGACAUAGAAGUAAUGCGAUGAAAAUUCCUCAUUAUGAGUGGUCGAUGCUUAUUCAGGCUUCAUGGAAUUGUGGUGUAUUGGAAAUUGGCGUUUUUAUUUAUAAUUUUGUGUCACCAUUGUUGACAAAAAUUUUCGGUAAAGAAGCUGAUCUUCCAUCCAGAAUUUUCAUAAAUUGUUACAUCAUUUUCAUUUGCUCUGUAUUGCCUACUGUUCAUUUCACUUACAGUAAACAAUCACGUACUAUUGUAAAAUAUCAUUUAUAUCAUUGGUUACAACUGAAAAUGGGACAUCUAGAAAUAAACCCAUCAUCUAAGGUAUGCUGGAAUGCAAGGAACAAUGUGAAUGUAGCAACAGUGGCCUAA